AUGAAAUACUGUGAUUGUAACUUCGUAGAUCUUAUCCAGAAGUAUACUAUGAAAUACUGUGAUUGUAACUUCGUAGAUCUUAUCCAGAAGUAUGCUUUCAAAUACUGUGAUUAUAACUUCGUAGAUCUUAUUCCAGAAUCUGGUAACGGGACGUUCAACAAAGGCCGGAUCAUGAACGCGGCCUUUAAGGAGGCUCUCAAACUGUACGACUUCCAGUGCAUCGUCUUCCAUGAUGUCGACCUCGUGCCAGAGGACGACCGCAACAUGUACACGUGUCCAUGGCAACCGCGUCACAUGUCGGUGGCUAUUGACGAACAUGAUUAUAGGUUGAAGUACGACAUCCUGGUGGGUGGGGUUCUGAACAUGCGCACUGAGCACUACCAGCGCGUCAACGGCUACUCCAACAUGUACUGGGGCUGGGGGGCCGAGGACGACGACAUGGCGUACAGGAUACUGCACGUCGGUUUGAAGAUCAGCCGUCCACCUUCCAACCUGGCCAGGUACAAGAUGAUCAAACACCAGAAACGUAGACCUGCCGCCUGGAUCACUAGGUCGAAACUGCUGCACACGGCUGUGAAGCGCUACAAGCUGGACGGAUUGAAUAGUGUCAAGUACAGACUGAUCUUCAUCCACGACGAGACUCUCUUCACUCACAUCAUGGUGGACGUGGGCAAACCUUGAUGGCUGUGCUGGAUAGGAACUCGCCAUUACUCACAGGCUUUCAUGUCUGUGGUCGCUAGGAACUCGCCAUUACUUACAGGCUGUGAUGUCUGUGGUCGCUAGGAACUCGCCAUUACUCACAUGAUGUGAUGUCUGUGGUCGCUAGGAACUCGCCAUUACUUACAGGCUGUGAUGUCUGUGGUCGCUAGGAACUCGCCAUUACUCACAUGCUGUGAUGUCUGUGGUCGCUAGGAACUCAUGAUUACUCACAGGACGUGAUGGCUGUGCUGACUAGGAACUCACCAUUACUCACAUGACGUGAUGUCUGUGGUCGCUGGGAACUCACGAUUACUCACAGGACGUGUUUGUUACAUCCGUUCUUACCAAUUAGUCGACGUCUUGUGUUACACUGGGUUAUGUCUCUUUCUGUGGUGAAACACUCGAGUUAUUACACAUCUUCCAUCAAAGAUGUGUAAAACUGUGCAUAUCCUUUGAUACGUUCUGUGAUGAUGGUGUAUAUAUCUAAUACAUACACUGAGCACACGCACUUGACAUGCCAAGUCUUUGUUAUAUCUAUUCUACAGAUUCGAUGCUGUCAUAUUUAGGAUAUUUGUCUAUUCUACAGAUUCGAUGCUGUCAUACAUUUAGAAUAUUCGUCUAUUCUACUGAUACCAUGAUGUCAUACAUUUAGGAUAUUCGUUUAUUCUACUGCAAUCUGAUUGAAAUCAGCUAUAAUUGUUAGAGACCAGUGGUGCUGAUUUCAAUCAGAUUGGUUCUGCUGAUGCAAUGCUGUUAUACCAUGGUGACAUACCAUGCUGUUAUACCAUGGUGUCAUACCAUGCUGUUAUACCAUGGUGUCAUAUCAUGUUGUUAUACCAUGGUGUCAUACUUUUAGUAUUUUCACUGUUUGGUUACAUCUGUUCUACUGAUAUGAUGCUGUCGAACCUGCAGUAUAUUGCUGACUGUAUUGAUAACAUGAUAUUGACGUAUGUGGACGCUGCUGAUAACACGCCGUGUGUGUCGUGGACGCUGCUGAUAACACGCCGUGUGUGUCGUGGACGCUGCUAAUAACAUGCUGUGUGUGUGUGUCGUGACUGGCGUAUUUACCUCCAUUGCCCAGCAGCCUGUGUUUACAGAGGUCACUCUAAAAUGUAAACUGAUGGCGAGUGUGUUCUGUGAUUGGUUAAUUACAUUCUUUUUCCGUGAUCAAAUGAAAAUAACACCUGGAAAGCUAAUGACGUUAUUCGAAAGUUACGUCAUUAGCAACUGGAACAGGCCAAGUUGACGGUUUUAGGGUCUACAGUUAGAUUGUAGCCAGGUGUUUUUUCAAGAAAUACCAAAUAUACAAUUAGUUCCGUAGAAAUACGAUUAUUGUCGAUUUGAUAGCCGGUCAAAAAUGACAUUUGCAGGAUCAAAUAAAAAUAACAUCCGCAAAUCUACAACCUCCAUAUGGUUAUCUCCUAACUGCCAUAUGGUGAGCAGGUUUUAAAUUUUAACUGUUUUACGUGUAGGCCUAAUUGAGUCAGUAUUACAAUAUUCCCCGUGUCAUUGUUUCUAGUUUUAUAAAUGAUCAGACUAAUCCACAAGUCCACAAGGCUGAUUUUCGUACACUAGUUGAAAUACCUGUAUCCUUAUAUUAAAAAGGCUGAUUUUCGUACACUAGUUGAAUUACCUGAUCCUUAUAUUAAAAAGGCUGAUUUUCGUACACUAGUUGAAAUACCUGUAUCCUUAUAUUAAAAAGGCUGAUUUUCGUACACUAGUUGAAUUACCUGAUCCUUAUAUUAAAAAGGCUGAUUUCGUACACUAGUUGAAUUACCUGUAUCCUUAUAUUAAAAAGGCUGAUUUUCGUACACAACUACCUGUAUCCUUAUAUUAAAAAGGCUGAUUUUCGUACACUAGUUGAAUUACCUGUAUCCUUUAAUAUAUUAAAAAGGCUGAUUUUCAUACAAUAGUUGAAUUACCUGUAUCCUUAUAUUAAAAAUACAACAAUAUUAAAUGUAAGUUACUUUUGUCAGACCACAGUUACUCAGUAGAACACUCUAGUAUACGGACCAGCCAAUGUGGUCUCUUUUCCUCGUUUUGGUUUUCACAAUUUACAUCACAAUUGCCACCAAAGUGAAACAUCACCGGUCAGCAUAUUGUGCUAUGUUAAUAAUAAAUACGUGUAGACGUAUGAGAACACACAACGAUUCAUAAAAAGAUACCAAAGAAAA